AUGGUCAACCUCGGCCCCUCCAAGGGCUGCCAUACCUGCAAGCAGCGACGAGUCAAGUGCGACGAGGGCAAGCCUGCUUGCCAGCGAUGCAUCCGCAUUGGUAGAGAAUGUGGAGGCUAUCAGACAAAGCCCGUCAAGCUCAAGUUCAAGGUCCAAACGACCGACACGCGUCAAAAGUCUCGCAAGAAGACGCCCACCUGCCGCGCCAUCACCCCGAAGCCGGUGAGUUUGGUGUCGCAGGUGCUGGAUCCCCCGGAGACAGACGUCGCGCUGGGCUUCUUCCUCACCAACUGGGCUGGCACGGGACGUAGCCUCAGCUCCGCCCGGGGUUUCUUUGAGGUCUUGACCCCUGUGAUCUCAUCGGAACGUCCCACCUCGGCCGCCUACAUGGCUGUCACGGCCGUUGCGACGAGGCUCCAUGGCAUGUGGCGCAAUAAGGACAUCAAUUUUGCCCAACCCCAUCAGCCCUACGCCGAUGCUUUGGCCCGCCUUCGCUUGGCCGUGAAAGACAAGGACGAGAGGAACUGCCAGGCGACCACUCUCGCCGCUCUCGUCCUACAAUUCUACGAGAACCUCUUUGCCGUGCACAGUCUCAACAAGGCGAGCCGCGUUCACCACGAUGGUGCCGUGGCCCUGAUGAUGAGCCAGGAGCCUCGAGCUGCUGGAAUGGCCAUCGGUAACCAUCUGCUCUGCUACGUCCUGCAUCUCGAGGUGUCGUAUGCCCUGCGUACAAAGAAGCGGUUCCCAGCCCAUAUACAAUCCUGGGUCCUGCAGCACCCCUCCACCUCGCUCAACUCGAGCUCUACGCUUGACUUUAUAGGCAUCUCGAUCGCGAAUCUGCAACAUAGCUUCCGCCGCAUGUUUUGCGGUAGCGACCCCGUUUCCACUUCACACGUGGACAUUGGUGCCCUGUGGUUCGACAUUAAAGCCGUCGAAGCGCGUUUGCUUGGCUGGCUGGAGCAUCUGCCAAGGCAUUUCCACGCCCUGAGGCUUGAUCAGGUGCAGGAUGUCACUCCUCAUAUACCAACGUACCUCGACGGUUGCGACGUCUACCCGUCAGUGCAAGUCGCAAGCAUCUCCAACACCUGGAGGGGCUACAGGCUCCUCCUACUCAAAAUGAAGCUGUCGAUCCUCCAGCUGGUCCCGGACACGAUACUCGACACGAUGCUGCCUAGGGAGGAAGACUCGGACACACAGGUGGAGCUCAUAUGUAACGCUGAGGACGAAGUACAGGACAUGGUCGACUCGAUAUGCAAUAGCAUCCCAUUUUAUCUUGGCAAUCAGACGGUCCGGCCCACGGUGUUGGAGCUGGCAAACUCGGAAAUCAUCCACCCGAGCUACCAUAACCUCGAGCCCUGGGACGAGAGGUUCGUCAACUUUAUGACGAGCGACAAUUACAUCACGGUCGAGGCGCACAGGGCUUCUGCGGUCGCAUAUGGGGCGUGGCAUGCCAUCAACACUCUGAGCAACGUCCUCGCACUCUGUGCUGAAGACUACGGCUAUUUUCUUGCCGAGGCUUUGAGGCCGGGGCAGAAAGACUGGGUCCACGCCCAGUUUGUAAGAGCCAGUAGCCUGUUGAGUCUCGAGUCGAGCAAGGCGUUCCAAGACAUUGAAAAGAUCCGGAAGCAGCUUCAAGAGGGCGACACGGAUGUCUUGGUGGAGAGGGUUAGGGAGGGAUUCAGAGUGAGCAGCGGGUGCUGA